AUGGAGAAGGAGAUUAAGGUUGAGAUCAUUGCUAGAGAAACCAUCAAGCCAUCUUCUCCCACUCCUCAUCACCUCAGAAACUACAACCUCUCACUCAGAGAUCAGCACGCUACAUUUCAUUACAUAUCAAUGGCUUUCUACUACUCUACUCCCACUACUAUUGGUGGUGGUGAAUCUGAAGAGAUGGUCGGUCUAAUAUCGGAACGCUUGAAGGUUUCCCUCUCUGAAACCCUCACUAGCUUCUACCCACUUGCUGGAAGAUUGAGAGACAAUCUCUUAGUCGAUUGCAACGAUGAUGGUGUUGAUUUUGUUGAAGCUCGAGUCAUUAACAACUUCCAUCUUUCAAACUUUCCUGAUGAACCCAAACUUAAAGUCAUCGAUCAUUUGGCUCCACCCGAACCAACAGAUUACUACAAGUCCCCUCUUUUACUCGUUCAAGCCAACUUUUUUCCAUGCAACGGAGUUGUCGUUACUGUGAGAAUGUCGCACAAAUUUGCUGAUGGAUUCUCCUUUGGCAUAUUUAUAAAGGGUUGGUCAGACAUCGCUGUUGGAUCUCUUGACACCAUAGUCCCAGAUUUUAAUGCUGCCUCCUCUCGCUUCCCUCCAAGAGACGAUAUCCCUAUAAUUUCUCUUACCUUCAAGGACAUAACCCAAAAGGUUGUUAAAAAGAGGUUUGUCUUCGAUGCCUUAAAAAUCGCUUCCCUCAAGGCCAAAACAGCCAGCGAGUGUGAGAGCGAACAGAAACCCACACGCGUCAAGGUUAUUACAGCACUUGGUUGGAAAUGCGCAGUGGCUGCAUCAAGGUCAAGAUUUGAGGGGUCUCAAAGGCCUUAUGCAUUGAUGGGAGGCGUGAAUUUGCGGUCAAGGCUUGUGCCACCCAUGCCAAAAUACUCAUUUGGGAAUAUAGUGGGAAUGUUGUGGGCAAUGCUUGACAACGAUGAUCACGACUACGAGAGUCAAGCAGCAAACCGGGCCAACUUGGUGUCUUAG